AAAUAUGGCACUUGCGCUUCCGCUUCCGGAUUCCGGGGCGCUGCUUUCGCGGGGCGGACUAUGGCGGCCGGGGAAGCCACUCCAGGCAGCCUGUCAGAGGAGAGCAGUGCUUUGGACCUGCCGUCAGCUUGCGACUUAAGAGAUUACGUGCUGCAGAGACCUGGCCAAGAGCCCAACAGCGAGGCUUUUAGUUCUGUGGAAGCCCUUUCUACUCCUUGCUCUUCUGAUGUGGAUCCAGACAGCAGUAACUUCCAUACUGCACAAGAUGAUUCCUGGACGUCUGAGAACUUCUGGCUUGACCCUUCUGUAAAGGGCCAGCUGGAGACCAAGGAAGAGGAUGACGGACUGCGGCAAUCCCUGGAUAGAUUCUACGAAAUGUUUAGCCAUCCACAGCCAGCCUUUGGAAAUCCACUCUCCGCAUCUGUCAGCCAGUGUCUGUCUCAGAAAAUCAAUGAACUGAAGGGCCAGGAGAACCAGAGGUAUGCCCUCCGCAGUUUUCAAAUGGCCCGGGUCAUCCUCAAUCGGGAUGGCUGCUCAGUCUUACGGAAGCAUUCCAGGGACGCCCACUUCUACGCACCAGGAGAAGGAAGUAUGUCUCUAGAAGAUGAAAAGCCAACACCAGGGCUUUCAAAAGAUGUUCUUCAUUUCCUCUUGCAGCAGAAUGUGAUGAAAGAUCCAUAACUGGUGCCUGGUGGUUAGAGCAGACACUAUGGAGGGUGCACCACCCAGAUCCCCUCAGGUCUCUCUUGCCAGCUCUGUGUGCCCAGCCCCCAGUGACCCAGUGCUGGAGGCAGUUGCGCCCAUAUGGAGAGCCAGCAGGGUCUGGGGGUUUUAUAGCCCCCACGGUCACCCCACCUCCCACCCCUCUACCACUUCCUACCCUCUACCUACCCUCUACCACUGACCUAAGGCCAGUGACUGACUGGUUUGGGAGUCCAGAAGCCCACCUUCCUUGCCUCAAGGAAGACAUGCUCUGAGGCAUAAUUUACUCCGCAGAGCUCCCCUCUGGAUCAGGCCAAGGCUGGGACGUAACAUGAAAUCACACUCUUGCUUGGCUCCUUCCCUUUCCCUGUCCUCCUUCCCAUCUUCACUUACUGGUGUCUCCUGGGAACCUUUCCUUAGUAGAUCUCUUAUACCUGAAUCCUUGACUCAGGGUGUACUUGUGGGAGAACCCGACCUACAAGAACAGGCUUACAUCAGAUGAGUUUUUUGAAGAGUACAAAGCCUUAUGCUGAAUCACAUACAAGAAUUGUACCAGGUUGUAAAACUGAGACCAUGUGAUGGAGAACAUAUGUUCUAAAAUAAUAUGAAGAUUUAAAUACAGAUUCCGAAAGUACAUCACAUCUUAAUCACAGCUUUCUCUCUCCAAAGCCAGAACACCCUAUUUUGUAAUACUAACUGGGUGUGGAAGGAACAUUCGGACUCUAAAAUAACAGCUAAGAUCCACAAAUUCUUAAAAAAAGGAAAGUCUCUUCAUCUUCAUCAGAUUGCAAAUGGGAAAGAUGAGAAGAAAACAAAUGUGCACCACCCCCAACGUAUGCGUAAGCUCAAUUGUGUGCUAGGCUGACACGACGCAGCCUUGUCAGUCUGUGGUAGAAGAGAAACAGCAAUCUUCUGCCCAAGUCGACUCCUUCCUCGUUAUUUUUGCCUUCUGCCUGCCUGCUGCCAGCACCCUGUGUCACCCUCUGAAUGGUUGGCCCCUCGCCCCGAUCCUGCUCUUGCUUCUGACACCCUGAGCUCCAUCUGCAAACGUUUGCCGGGAACAGGUGCUCCUUGCCAUCCUGCCCCUGCCCUUUAGGCCUGAGCUCUGCCUCGCCAGGGAGAGGCUUUAAAUAGCCGGUGCCGGCUCGCACUGGCAGAUGCUCUGCUCCCCGGCCGUGUCCUGAGCCCCCGUUUGAGACUCGGUUGGUAAGAUGACAUCACCUGGCACCAAGCUCUCUGAAACUGUGAUUGGAGGCCUCGUACUCAUCCUGACCUCGACAGUUCUUCAAACCAGUUACAUUGACGGAAAGGGUUAUAGCAUUUGUUUGGGGGAGCAAGAAGAGAAGCUGGCAAGGCUGUGCAAUUCGAUUUUAAGAAACUUUAGGUGAAAUUUAAUUGGCAUAAGACUCCAUAAGCUUUCC